GAUAAUCAUACAAGUUUCUUGGCAAUGAAGAAGUCUUUGAGUCGUUUCAUCUGCCAGAAACCAACGGAGAGCAAGAUGGAGGUCUGCACCACGGCCCACCACAGCACAUUACUGUUGGUGUCCUCGCUGAUCUGACGAAACAUCUCCUCCCUUUCCUAAAGGCACACACUUUCAUGUUACUCCAGGUCUCACCAGACGUUCUCCAGCAAAGACGGAGAACUUUGUGGAGUUGGUUUGGAAGCAGAGGAAGUGUUGACCGGACAUGUGAGCCGUGAAGCUGAAUUUGGCGAAUUUGCCAAAGCGUUUUGUCAUCAAAAGCUAGCAAGAGCUCAGAGGCGAUGCAGCAGCUCCUGUGUGGAUUGGUAUACACCCUGGACAAGUCGCCUCCUCAUAAACCGGCACCCAGAAACGAUAUUUGAAACCAGCAAAGCCAAACAUCAUUUUGUGAGUGACGCCAAGGUGAGGAGAGGAGGUGGAUGACUUCAAGUCCCACGGCGUCAACAAGAAAUAUCCUGAAGGACUCACCUGUCACCAGCAUGUCUUCGGGAAUCUCCUCAAUGAUGCAUCUUUCCUCCUGCUCGCCCAGAUCAAAAUACAUGGCCGCUGCCAACAUCAGGUCGAUGCUGACACCAUACCAGCAGGGGGCGGUAGUGAGCAGCGAGGCCAUGCUGACAUGACAGAAAAAAAGAGAAAAAAAACACAAACAACUCCUUUUUUUAAAACCCCACCAAACCAAGAUGGCGGUGCAGGAGACAGCAUCUCAACUAUCCAUGGCUCUCAAAGUCCAAGAAUACCCCACCUUGAAGGUGCCCUACGAGACUCUGAACAAACGCUUCCGAGCGGCCCAGAAGAACAUCGACAGGGAGACGAGUCACGUGACCAUGGUGGUCGCCGAGCUGGAAAAGACGCUCAGCAGCUUCCCAGUGGUGGACUCAGUGGUGUCCCUGCUGGACGGCGUGGUGGAGAAACUCAGCGCCCUGAAACGAAAGGCUGCUGAGUCCAUCCAAGCAGAGGACGAGAGCGCCAAGCUGUGCAAGCGGCGCAUCGAGCACCUGAAGGAGCACAGCAGCGACCAGCCGGCCUCGGUCAACUUGUGGAAGAAGAAGCGCAUGGACCGCAUGAUGGUAGAGCACCUGCUUCGCUGCGGCUACUACAACACCGCCGUCAAGCUGGCCAGACAGAGCGGCAUCGAGGAUCUUGUCAACAUUGAGAUGUUCCUCACUGCAAAAGAGGUGGAGGAAUCCCUGGAGAGGCAGGAGACCGCCACCUGCUUAGCUUGGUGCCAUGACAACAAGUCCCGCCUUCGCAAGAUGAAGAGCUGCCUGGAGUUCAGUUUGAGGAUCCAGGAGUUCAUCGAGCUGAUCAGACAAAACAAACGAAUGGAUGCUGUCAGACAUGCGAGAAAACACUUCAGCCAAGCAGAAGGCGGACAGUUGGAUGAAGUUCGGCAGGUGAUGGGCAUGCUGGCCUUCCCCUCAGAUACACACAUCUCCCCGUACAAGGAUCUUUUGGACCCGACCCGCUGGAAGAUGCUGAUCCAGCAGUUCCGAUACGACAACUACAGACUGCACCAGCUGGGGAACAACUCUGUCUUCACCAUCACGCUGCAGGCCGGUCUGUCUGCCAUCAAGACACCUCAGUGCUACAAAGAGGACGGCACCUCCAAGAACCCUGAUUGCCCCGUGUGCAGUAAAUCUCUAAACAAGCUGGCCCAACCUCUUCCCAUGGCCCACUGCGCCAACUCCAGACUGGUGUGUAAGAUCUCUGGAGAGGUCAUGAACGAGAACAACCCCCCCAUGAUGCUGCCCAACGGUUACGUGUACGGCUACAAUUCGCUGCUGUCCAUUCGCCAAGACGACAAAGUGGUCUGCCCCAGAACCAAAGAGGUUUUCAACUUCUCACAGGCCGAGAAGGUCUACAUCAUGUGAUCACGUAGGCGACACGCUAACAUCACGAUGCCAAAAGGCUCGCCGUCGCUCGGCUGAUGUGAUCAACCUGUGGAGCUGUGACCCCCCCCCCCCCACCUCUACCACACAGCUACACCAGAAGCCCCCCACCCCCAUCCUUGUCCCCAUCCCCAACACGUGAUGAGCUCAGAUUGACCAAGUUUCCUCAUUGGGCCAUUUUUAUCUCACAGUCACCGGGUGCUUCCCCCCCCUGCGAUCAGACGAGACCAGAAGACGAGAUCAUCUACGCACACGGACGGUCAUCUUUUCACAGGCCUUACACUCUCAACCGUAGACUCCAGGAAGUAGAUAAUUCAGUUUUAGUACAACCGAUGAAUAUACUGUCCGAGCUCACCUCUUUGAGAACAAUCAGCUCAUUUGGUAGCAACUGUUUGUACGUACGUGCGUGUGUGUGUGUGAUGGAGAAUGGAUGGAUUUACAUGCCAUCUUUGCUGCCUUUCAUCCCCCCGUCAUCAGGACUGCAAUAGGCUGGCUUUUGUAAUGUAAAUAGUAGGCAGGCUUUGUGGGGGAGGAAAAGACUGUGGAGGUCGACCUCCUUAACAGCAGACUGAACAAGUUUUUUUUUCUGAUGUAAACUGGUGAUGGUUUAACUCUUCGUUUCUUACUAAAUUCAUGAGCGUCAUAUUAAUAAUCUCGUCAGUAUUCUCAUGACAGCUGUCUUUGAUGAACAAGCGGUCUUCCUAUGCCUUGUUGAGGUCUCGUCACCUCCCUGCUUUAAUUUACUAUAUUCCACUUUCGUUGGGAAAUUGCGCCACGUAAAAUAAAAACGUAGGAGUUCGUACUGCUGGGACUGCUUCCACUGCGGGAAGACUUCUGACAAUAUUUUGGAUUGUGUCCCAUUUGUGAGGUCUGGCCUGGUUCUUGUUCUUGUUCCAAGCAUGCCUUUAUGGACAGUGCUUUGUGCACGGGGGAUAGAAAAGGCCCUUCCACAAAAAAAAGAGGAACUGCACUUUUUUUUUUUUUUUUUUAGCCUAUGUUCACAAUCACUAUGAGAAAAGAACACCUCUUUUUUUUACAUUUGAACGAUGAUUUAAAAAAUGCUUGGAAGAUGCGGCUAAUGGGAGUCACCGUUGUAGCCUUCAAAGCCUCUAAAACAACUUCAAUGCUUUAUAUACACACUGCAAGUAUAUAUAUGAUGUAACAGACAUGUUCAUAACAAUAUGUACCGUAUUUUUCGGAGUACAAGUCGCACCGGACGAAAAUGCAUAGUAAAGAAGGGGAAAAAACAUAUAAAAGUCGCACUGGAGUAUAAGUCGCAUUUUUGGGGGAAAUUUAUUCGAUAAAACCCAACACCAAGAAUAGACAUUUGAAAGGCAAUUUAAAAUAAAUAAAGAAUAGUGAACAACAGGCUGAAUAAGUGUACGUUAUAUGAGGCAUAAAUAACCAACUGGUAUGUUAACGUAACAUAUUAUGGUAAGAGUCAUUCAAAUAACUAUAACAUACAGAACAUGCUAUACGUUUACCAAACAAUCUGUCACUCCUAAUCGCUAAAUCCCAUGAAAUCUUAUACGUCUAGUCUCUUACGUGAAUGAGCUAAAUAAUAUGUAAUAAUAUUUUACGGUAAUGUGUUAAUAAUUUCACACAAGUCGUUCCUGAGUAUAAGUCACACCCCCGGCCAAACUAUGAAAAAAAACGGCGACUUAUAGUCCGAAAAAUACGGUAAUAUGUUCAAUAUUUACCGAAUUUUGAUCAUAUAAUCAUUGCCAGAACUAGUUCUUCGGCAUAUUUAUUUCCGUUUCUAUAGCAGCACAAUUCUGACUUCCAGUGUGUUCCUACUUCCGGAUCAUGGCAGACUUGGUAAUAAACCACAAAUACGACUACUUUUGGACAAAUGGCGAUUCACAACCUUAUGUUUUUGAAUCUGAAUUAAUGGAGGAUGAAGUGCUGCUUCUAGAAGCCAGCACAAAGGAAGGGUGAGACGUUGGAGCAGACAGAAGCGGAGAGAGUGAGGCGAAGUGAAGCUGCAAAAUGUGGAACUUGGAGCCAAGCUAUUUCGACAUAAAUGGAUUGCUUAACCAAAAUCAACAGUAAACGUUCCCGGCCAGCUGGACCAGACGAACAACUGUCCAUCGAGUAAGUAACUUUAAUAAUCGAUUAUAAUACACGCAGCACGUCAUGCAUGUUAUUACAACUACAGUACAUACACUGCUAGCUGUGUACAAACAAAACAUGAAAUAAUACUUUACAGAUACUGUAAUAUGAUUGUUCAUGUUUUUCAGUCAGUACAGAUUGGUGUUCUGUCACAGCAUUACAAACUCAAAACGCGUUUCGUGCUGACGUAGAAGCUAGCUUAUCUCUUGCCGCAGUUUGCUUUAUGGCUAAUAACGAAGCACGCUGAUGUGUGACUACGCUAGAAAAACAUUGCUCUUACAAUAACAAUGUCGCUACAGCUUGAUUAUUAUACAGGUUACGGAGCGUAAGUAAAGUAUUGUUGGCGGUUUUUGAAUGCAUUUUUAAAGUGAUUUGGUGGUAGAAUUGAUUGCUCCCAUUAGCUCCAUUGCUAGCCACCAUCGCUUUAUAUGUUAGAAAGCGAAAGUAAACAACCGUCUUUUUGUCUCUCAUAUUGAUUGUGAACGAUUGUCAAAAUUCCCAAAAAAAGUGCACUUCCUCUUUAAUUUCGAAUAAGAUUCAAGGACUGAUUGAAUCUUUUUGAUUACUGGCUGUGUCCCAGUACUUGUGUCCACAUAGUGAAUGUGUCAAUUAUAUUUUCGAGUUUUAGGCAAUGUUUCCCUAAAUAUAGAAAGUGAAAGAACUGUCGACUGACAGUAGUACCUCAGUUUUGGUUCAAAACCCGUUUGAGUCGUGAAACCCAAUCGUACAAAAAACCGUAGCAACUUUUCCAACAAGUAAUAAAAGUAAAGCCAAUAAAUCCAUUCACACAAAGCACAUUUUGCAAAGAAAAAAUGUGUUAUACUUGCAGAAAAUUGUGUGAAAUACAUGAAGAAUUAAAAUUGUUUUAUUAAAGACUUGUUGGCAAAGACAGCAAGUAACAAAGACGGGCCAUGACUUUGUUCUAGAAUCCGACAAUGUUUCUCACCUUUGACCCUAUGGGUGGCGAGUACAGUGCAUGCUACCAGGCCUAGUGUGUAAGGACUAUACGUUAGUUUGGCUCACCUUGUGUAUGAUUACCAUUGGCAAAACCGAAUCACCAGUAGCAUUCUUUGAUUGGGCACUCGAUUGCACGGAAUGACACCAUUUUUUUAGCCGAUGUUUGGCCAAACAAUAAACGAGCUCAAUUUUGCCGAAAUGUUUUCUAAAACUGUGGCGUACAAACUUUGGUACCACUGUAUUUUUUUCUUCCUGUUAUGUUUUUAGAUUAAAGAUUGAGCCUAUCAGAGGAAUUUUUAGUACGUAAGUGUGGAUUAAAGCACAAAUGAGCAUCAAAGUAUAAAAUGGUUAAACUCCAAUCCCCACUCAAAACGAGUGACUUCUAGGCAUUAGUCCACAGUUCUUAAGAAAAAGUUGUUGCCAUCGAAUGCAUUUGGACCGUCUUGUGUUUCUGUUCUUAGACUAGAGGAAAAGAUUUGUUUCAUGAUCAAUAUGCCUCAUAAAGAUUUUACCAGACUUUUGAA